AUGGGCCUGGCUCGAUCCUGCUCCAACCUGGUGGCCCGCGAGACGGGCCUUGUCGUUGAGCGCAACUCUCGUGUCGCGGCGGAAGCGUACGAGGCCGCCCUCCGGGACCAGCUGGACACCGAGACCCGCCAAGCAGCGGAGACGAUCGGUCAGUUGCGCAGCGACCUGGCGGUCGUCAACAACAAAGUCGAUGCUUGGUCCAAGCGUUUCCAGACCGUCGGGCCAGCAAGCGGCGUCAGUUGGACCUUGACCGCGCAUGUGACGAGCGGGACUCGGCACGCCAAGACGUCAGCCAACAGAGCGCGCGCCCAAUUGGCCUCAGCAGCACGGGGCCGAGACCUCAUCCUUGCAGAGAUGGCGCGCCUGGAAAACGAGGUGAAACGUUUUAAGGAAGCUCCUUCGGCCGCUUUGUCUCCAAGACCGCCAUCCGCGUUGGCCCCCGUGACCGAGCACUUCCUUCGCACACGGGUCCGCGAGCUAGAAGGCGAGUUGGCGGCAGCCCGGUCGUCGGCCGAAACCAGUCGGACCACCGUGGAGUCGCGGCUUGACGCGCUCCGGGCCCGGGCGAAGGACCAAGAGGAGGCCCUGAACAAGUCCGCCGAGGUGGUCGGCACCCUCCGCGACUCGAACCUGGCUCUGGGUCAGGAGUGCGACGAACUUCGCGUCCGGCUCGACGUGGCGGAGCAAGAUGCCCUCAAGGCCAAUCUACGGUUCGCCGACGCGGUGCCCACCUUCUGGGACUGGGUGGUGCGCCAGUUCGCCGUCGAGAUGACCAAACAGGUCGGCGCAAACGCUUUCCGGCACAGGGCCAAAGUGGGGCAGGUUCUUGCCACGAUUCCUCCCCGGUUGCUUUCAAAGUUCCUGUUGGCAGUCCUGGCUUCUUCACAAGUCUUCAGGGCCCGGGUGAACCAUGCCAGCCACCGUUCCGGGUCGUCAAU